CCCAGACACAAAGAAGAACUGCAAAUUCGUUCGGCGUUGGGCCACGAUCUACCACAUAAUAUUGUUUCUGUGGUCUGCCUGGUGCAGGAUUAUUUUCUACUCGAUAAUUCACGGUCGAUUUUUCCUCGAGCGGGUUUGAUCGUUUGGUUGUGGACCGCUACUUCCUUGUUCGCCGCAGGACAAAUUCUUCUGCAAUCACCGCCCACCCCCGCGCAUCCUCUACACUCUAUCCUUCAUCUUAUCUCGCAUACGUUCCGUCAUGGCGACCAUCACUGAAAAUGGCACUGCUGCUGCUGUCAUCGACGAAAAGGCUGCGGCCCAGAACGGCGAUAACGAGAUCGUCACGGUUUUCCACGACCCUGAGAACUUCAACGUCAAACAUCCUUUGAUGCACGAAUGGACCUUAUGGUUCACCAAGCCCCCGAGUGGCAAGGGUGACAACUGGAACGACCUUCUCAAGGAAGUCGUGACUUUCAGCUCCGUUGAAGAAUUCUGGGGCAUCUAUAACAAUAUCAGUCCUACCUCUGAACUCGGCCUCAAAGCCGAUUACCAUCUCUUCAAGAAAGGAAUCCGACCGGAAUGGGAAGACCAGCAAAACAAACACGGUGGCAAGUGGUCAUACUCGUUCAAGGACAAGCGUGCCGUGCCAAUUGACGAGCUCUGGCUGCACGCCCAGCUCGCUGCGAUUGGUGAGACACUCGAAAACGACGAUGACAACGAGGUCAUGGGCGUCGUGGUCAACGUUCGCAAGGGAUUUUACCGUGUUGGCCUGUGGACUCGCACUGUUGGUAAGAGUCUUCCCGGUGACAAGAGCACAGAGGGUCGCUCGGCUGCCAAGGGCAAGGAUGUUCUCGAGAGCAUUGGGCGUCGGUUCAAGGAAGUGUUGCGUUUGAAGGAUGCGGAUGUUGUUGAAUUCUCUGGCCACACUGAUAGUGCACACAGUGGCAGCACCCGUGCCAAGGCUAAGUUCAGCGUCUGAGCUGAUUGAAUUUUGGUUACUUGCGCGAUAUCCAUAUUCAGUCAAGAAGAGAACCCGCCAUGAAAGGGGUUAGCCCAUCCGGGGCUGGGGUGGUGAUACAAUACUGAAGAUCGAUGAGAUAAAAUGGACGAAGGAGAGAGCCUAUGAUACCAUGCAGUGAUAUUGAUUUCCCUCGAGGGUACAUCGUUGCAUUAUAAUAUUGCUUUUCAUGUUACAUGUUUUUACAUGGUCUACAUGCCGGGGAGAAGCACGCAUAAAAUAGGGAAGUUGCCGCAGCGUGUGUAUUUUAUUUUACUUUGUCGUUACGAUUUUUCAUGUCAACUUAAACAAAUGCAUACAUUACUGAGAAUGAACAAUAUUCUUAAAUCCUCCUUA